CACAUGCCAAACCUCGAACGUGACCUCUUCCUCACCGUCCAGGUUGUCACAACUCUUCCUCACACGAUCAAUCUUUAUCAGGUUUAACGAAAUCAUCCUUCUACUCCGGUUUUCGCUCGGCGCAUGCUGAAGCAAACUUCUCCUUAUCUGGGAAUGUAGUUAACCUUCAGAUCGCCUCCUCCCGAUCGCUCCCUUGACUUUCCUGCAAGGCUCCACCUCGAAUCCUCAGCCAUGACGUCGCAGUCUCUCCUUGAUCGAAUCUCCAAUUCCCGACACCACCUCCCAAUCCUCCCCUUGCACAAUCGCUCGAAUCGGCCACCCAGCGAAUACCCUCUCGAUGAACUUGAACCUCGACCGGACGAAACCAUGACCGCCGACCUUGAGCCCCCUCGCCCAAGAUUCCGAAGACCAGCAGCACAGGGUGACUCCACACGACUUCCCUCACCACCAGCCUCGUGGGAUACCAAAAUGCGCUCGCCGGGCUCGCCAUCCAGGACUCGACCGAAACCAAUAUUCUCGCAGCCGCCGCCCCCAAUCACAUCCUCGAUCCUACUAAGCAAGCAAGGCUCCCGCCCUUCACUGCCAUCAAACUACACGGAGACCUUGGCAGGUAACGGGCUGCUCGCCGCAAGUCGUUCUGGCCUUGAAAGCACUUUUCUACACCAGAGACCUCACGAGGGCGCGUAUCGCCCAGACUCUGUAUGGCGGAGCCUGCAGCGUCGGGAGAGGGCCCUAGAGCGGGACAUUCAACAGCUUCUAGACCUACAGGCUUCAGGGCUGCUCGCAGGAAGCGGAGAUAGUGUCUCUGACAGGGACCUAGAGAGAGAUAGUGAUACAGGUGGUGAGAGUACCUUUUACUCAGCCGCCACAUCCAAGUCCCGCAUGAGCAGCUCCCUCUAUGUUCCGCCACGAUCUACACCUGACGGUAACGUGAUACCGGUGCGGCAGCCUGCAGCAAGAAAACCUCUGGGCCUUCAGUCCGCUCGCGCCGGCUUGCGUCGGUCGAUGGCUGCACUGUCAGAGCUCAAGGCAGAGGAAGAUAUUCACUUAGACACCGCCCUAGCCCAACGAAAGGACGCAUUGGCAUACCUCGAUACCAUGAGUGAUAGGAGGGACGGCAUUUAUGCCGAACUACACGCACUAGAGGAGGAUGACCAAGAGCCCUUGGGCAGGGAACUGCGGGAACUUGGUAUCGAACAGGAAUCUCUGGAUCAAGGAAUACGUCUGAUGGAAGAGAAGCUAGUUGGAAUGCGCAAUCGCCGGCGAUGGGUCCGGGACAAGAUUGACGACGUCAAGAAUCGGCGAGAAUCCGGGUUGAGCGGCUACCGAGCUGCCGGUAGAGACAUCGACACUGAGGUUCGGGAGCUGUUGCGACGCCCACCUAUUACGCCUUUGGAUCUACAAGCCAUUAAGCAAAGUGCUGGCCCAGACUCCGGAACAGAUACUGAGUCGCCUGGUGGUCUAGAUUUCUUGCGACUAAGGCCAGAACGGCGUACUGCUGAAAUGGCUCGAUCGUGGUGGGAAGGGGAGAUUGCUAUUCUCGAACGCCGUAAGGCCCAGAUUUUGGAAGAUCGAUGUGCUCUUGUCGAAGGCGCCACAGUGUGGUCGGAAGUGACGAAAUUUGUGGCAGACUUUGAAUCAACUCUGCGGGAAUUGAUCAAGAGUGGGCGACAUCACAGAGACAAGGUCGCGGCAACGGCAUCUCAGGAGGCGAUUGAUGGGCAGCUUGCGAGAAUGGAUUCGGUGGUUCAAGAGCUGGAACAGAGACUGCAACUAGCCGAGGAUAAGCACUGGAAUUUGCUCAUCUGUGCGAUCGGCGCAGAACUGGAGGCGUUUGUGGAGGCUCAAGGUCUCCUCAAGGCUACCUUUGGAACCCCGGGAGAGGAGCCCGAACUCCUCACAGGAUCGUCUCACUCAACUCCACAGAAAGACAAGAACGAACUUUCGAGCCACGACCAGGAGCACAAGGAUCAUGAUGACGAAAGCGAUAACGAAGUCCCCCCCGAUCUCUUGGUCUCUCGGUUCGGAGACCAUGACCAGGACGAUGAGCCGCCUAGUCCUCACCCAAGCGGCGACGUACCUAGCCAGAGAGAUGGCGAGACCAAUGAUGUACCGCCUGAGUUCUUGGCAGAGCACGGGAGUCAAGUAGAUUAGGAGACGGCCAGCAGAAGCUUUAUGAUCAAGUGGACGAUGGAGUUGUUGUGAGGUGUUCGAAUAUACCCGGGUCGCAAUCGACCUUUAUUUAAUUGGCUCUAAAUCUAUGGAAAGAAGUCCUUGGCAACUCAGAAGCAUCAACACAAGCAUGAAUCAUAUCUCACUCGAGAGUCACGGAAACCAACUCAUAAAUCGAAAAUGAGGGUAGGAAAUGAUCAGCGAAAGCCACAUGAAAAUGUGUCUGAGGCAGCAUGGGUAAUAGAC